CUUUAACGUCCCGCCUCGAUACGUCCACGAUGGCAGAAACCGCGCCUCAGCCUUCGAAUGCGCCAUCGCGAUCAUUUCGUUCAUUUAUUUGGGACACAGAUACCCAUCUGAAAAGCCAUGAAGAGCGCGUAUUGCUCCGAAAGCUGGAUUGGUCGAUCUUGACCAUAGGAUGCUUGGGCUUCUUCAUGAAGUACCUCGAUCAGGGGAACCUUGCAAACGCCUAUGUAUCGGGAAUGCAAGAGGAUCUCAAGAUGUUUGCCAACGAGUACACGUAUGCCCAGAUGGUUUAUACCUGCGCGUAUGCUGUGAUGCAGAUUCCCAGCACUCUGAUAGUUCAGAAGAUCAGGCCGAGCAUUUGGCUAGCCGCAAUGGAAGUCGGAUGGGGAGUCUUUACUUUUGCCCAAGCAGGGACGCAGAAUGUCGGCCAGCUUUACGCAUUUCGGUUUCUCGUCGGUUUCUUUGAAAGCUCCUUCUUUCCUGUCCUACUCUAUGUACUUGGAAGCUGGUACACCAAGACCGAACUUGCGAAGAGAGUCGCCAUUUUUCACAUGACCGCCCCUCUGGGUGCGGCUUUUGGCGGGUAUCUACAAGCGGCGGUUUACAAGAGCCUCGAUGGCGCCCAUGGUCAUGCAGGAUGGCGAUGGCUAUACAUUGUCUGUGGGUGCAUGACGAUUCCCGUCGGUGUCGCAACCUUUUUCGUUCUACCAGACACGCCGUACACCACCAAGUCCAAGUUCCUGACCGCAAAAGAAUGCGAGUUGGCGAUUGAUCGAGUCACGAAGGCUGGUAAAGCGGCACCUGCAGGAGUCACGCUGGCGACAUUCAAGAGAGUUCUCUUAAAAUGGAGAUGGUACGCUUUUGUCUUAGGAUAUGUCCUCUAUGGCGAAUCUUGUCAAUCAGGUGGAUACUUCGCCAUCUGGCUCAAGGCGGAGAAGUUCUCAGUUGUAGAUAGAAACGUGAUUCCGACCGGCUCAAAGCUCAUCAGCGCUUUCUGUAUCAUUCUCUGGGGCUUCCUCUCCGACUAUACCGGGAGCCGCUUUGCAUUGAUUGUUUGCCCCUUGGUGCUUGCCUUGAUCCCCAACGGUAUAUUAGCUUGCUGGCCUCCAAGCGUACAGCUGAAACUAUUUGCUUUCCUGACGAGCAGCGUGCAUCUUAUGACCGCAGUAUUUUAUACGUGGGCAAAUGAGAUUUGUGCCGGCGACAAUGAGGAGCGCGCCUUGGUAAUCAGCAGUAUGAAUGGAAUGCAAUACGCCGUCGACGCUUGGCUUCCUCUAGUCAUCUUCCCACAGACCAUGGCUCCAAGCUUUAGGUACGGAUUUCCUGCGACUUUUGGUUUCAUCAUUGCUGCAAUAAUUGCAGUGAUUGGCAUUCGCCUUUUGGUUCUACGAGAACAGAAGCAAGGGUCUAAGGAUGGAGAGACAACUUUGGAAUCUGGACGAGUGGAAUUUCACCCCGAAGGAAAUGAGAGCAUCGGUGAAAGUGACAAGGUCGACAAGAAGUAGAGCGGCGUUACAGUCACCAGAUUUGGUAGCCGCUUCUUGAAAUACGUAAGCAGCAUGGGAGUUUGUCUAUUGCCUGGAGUCGUGGACGAGACCUGUCGCCACCAAGAACCGAAAGCCCAAGUUGCACCUCAUUUAUCAGCUAGUGCAGAAUCAUACUGCACAGGCAUUCCAGAUAUUAAAGCAUUUAUUUGGAAAAUACUCAUUGC